GAGUUGCCACUGAGCAGACUUGCUACCUGUGGAGACAAAAGGACAGGUGAGUGCGGCUCUCCCACCUGUGGGCACCUGAAAGGAAAGGAAAGGAGACCAUGGGGCGAUUCAUCUUUAUGAGCUUCAGCUUGCUGGUCGUGGCCCUCUCCUUAAGCGGAGCUGGAGCUGAUCACCACUGCCCCUCCGAUUGGGCCUCCUAUAACGAGUUUUGCUACAAGGUCUUCAAUAGAUCCGUGACCUGGAACGAUGCAGAGAGAUUCUGCCUGCAGCAACAGAAAGACUGCCACCUCGCCUCCAUCCACAGCAAACCAGAAGCAGCUUUCAUGUUCGGGCUGGCCUCCCACGGGGCCAGCCCCCGGUCCAGUGUCUGGAUCGGACUGAACGAUCCACAGAAAAAACGCACCUGGCAAUGGAGUGAUGGCUCCAAGCUCAGCUACAAAUCCUGGAUGCCAGGAGAGCCCAACAACCAUGCAAACACGGAGUAUUGUGUUGUGCUGUCAGCCUGGUCACUUUACGUCGGGUGGAACGAUCAGGACUGUGGGUCCAGGCAUAAUUUUGUCUGCAAGUUCCAGCCAAAGACUGAGAUGAACGUCUUGGAUCCUCCAAACAGGAAGUAAUGAAGUCCUACUUCCUGUUGAAAUCUCUGCUCUGCAUCUCUUCGCUUCAUGGAUGCUUUCUGUAGCUUGGAUCUGAGUUUGCUCCUCCUGAUGUUCAAGAAGGUGAAAUAAAUUCUCUCUAGCAUGA